CGGGCGGGGCCGGCGGCCAAGAUGGCGGACGGGGCGGGUAGCAACGGGGACGCGGCGGCGCUGCCCGUGGGCAAGGAGGCGGUGGAGCGGCUGAUCCGGGAGAACGGGCACAUCUUCACGGACGCGCAGUGCAAGGUGUGCAGCGCGCUGCUCAUCUCCGAGUCCCAGCGGCUCGCGCACUACCAGAGUAAGAAGCAUGCCAACAAAGUCAGGCGGUACUUGUCUAUCCAUGGUGAAGAGGAGCUUGCACAUGGGAAGAAAAUGAAGCUGGAUGCUAAGCAGGACAGCAAGCAGGAGAGCAGCAGUGGGGACGACAGGAACAAGUGCUGCCCCAUCUGUAACAUGACCUUUUCCUCUCCGGCUGUGGCAACCUCUCAUUACUUGGGCAAGACUCACGCCAAGAACAUGAAGCAGCAGUCGCCCAAAGUGGAAGAUGUGAUGUCCUCCCAGAAACAUCCUGCUGCCCUCCCUGCUUCUACCGGGUCCUCUAAUCAAGAGAACAAGGACAUUACUGACCCAGACAAGUUCUGUAGUCUCUGCCACGCCACUUUCAACAACCCCCUCAUGGCAAAACAGCAUUAUGUAGGCAAGAAGCACAGAAAACAAGAGACCAAACACAAGCUGAUGGCACACUAUGGCCGAACCCCCGAUGCAUCCGCGUCGUCCUUCAUGGCUGGGAAGGGCUACCCCUGCAACACAUGUAACAUAGUACUGAACUCCAUAGAGCAGUACCAAGCUCACAUCAGUGGCUUCAAACACAAGAAUCAGAUGCCAGGAGCAGUGCCGCUUGUAGGAGCGUUCCCACCACAGCAGUACGUUCGGGAAGAGUCAACUGCUCCCGGAGGCUACAGUUAUUUCAGCCAAGACUUCUAGAGCAAGUUGCAGCGCUGUUCUGGGAGUUGGUGGUGGCUCAAGAACACGCGUCCUUUGCCAGCCCACAAUGGUUUCAUUAUCCCCCUGGAUAAGCAAAGCCCUGCCCUCCUGUAUGCGCCCAUUGAGCAGAACGGAACGGGGGCUGAACCUUUCAGAGAAAGGAUCCAGCUGGAAAAGACUUGCUAGACAGCAAAUACUUCACUCCCUUAGAGCAGCUUUCGUUGUGCAAUUGCUUCCUGCAAAGGUGGGUGUGGUGUGAGAGGAAGUGUAUCUGGAAGAGGGAGGGCUUGGCAGCAGGCUGGCAAGGCCACCUCCUSCCUCCGCAGAGCACGGAAGGGAUCCUUGCACCUGGAAGGGCAGCAUCCCAGCCUCCAAAGGGCCUUUUGCCAGGGGAGAGCUYCUGGACCCCAGGAAGCGGCGCUUGGCCGUGUGGAGGGGACGCGGUGCCUGGCUUUUGGCAGACCUAAAAUAGGGGAUUGCGGGACGGCGUCUCCUUGCUUCCUCUGGCAGGUUCGUGUGCAGGAUUAUCCUGUUCCAGCCUCUCGUCGUCAGUGUGGCGCCGGUUCUGGAGCUCUGUCGUCUGGGUCUGCUUAACGAGGAGUURCCGUUUCUGUAGCUCAAGCUGCUAGUAGUAGGAGUGGGGGCUGAAAGAGGAGCUGCAGCUCCGGCUCUCCAGGCAGCUCAGCCCUCUGCUCUAAGGAUUUCCCUGCAGAAGGAAGGAAGCGUUUAGCCUGGUUUCCUAUGGAAACAGGUCUGUGUGAUCAUUCACCAUGUGUGUCUUUGUAUCCCUUGUAACUUAAAUCAACUCCAGCCAAAUUUGGCAAUGAUGAGAUCUGUAAGAUCUAACRUUGGAAAGAAAGGUAGAGUGAGAUGAGCGUAUCUCAGACUUCUGUUCUGUCAGGGUCUGCGUCAGAGUGCAGAAUUUUCCAUUUUGCCAUGAAAUACUCCAGGGAAGGAGUGAUUUUAAGGGGAAAAAAAAGGAGGGAGGGAAGUAUAGAUGCAACAAAAAAAAAAAAAUGUUACAACUCAGUUGAAUCAUGAGGUGACCAAAAAACCUCACAAAAUCUUUSAACACCUGCCUUCUUUAGUCCUUUGCUGAUGCUGCUUGGCCAGCCCUACUCCCCAAAGUUCUUGCAGAUUGUUUCACCUGGAGGAAAAAAGAAACAAAGCUGUUCUACAAUUCAAACAUGGAAAUCAAAACUUAAUGGUCUCUUCCCUGUGCUARUGCACUGUAAUUGGUAGGAAAAGCCCCCUGGCUUCCGAGGCUGUUGUGGUGGGGCGAGUCCUUCAAGUGUCCUGCCCUUAGGCCAGGGCGCGCUGGGCCGGCCUUGUGCUCGCAGGCCGGGCUCUCACGGCGGCCUCGGUGCCUCCGCGGAGCUGAGGCUUUGCCGGCCCGUGGCCAACCUGCUGCUUUCCUUCCA